AUGAUCCAACAUCCGGACAAGGAUUACAUCAACCCUAUCAAGGUAGAAACACGUGACCAGCAAGCAUAUUGUUUUCAUGUUGAUGAGGAAUUGGACGGCCAACCAUGGUACUAUGACAUUAAGAAGUUGCUCGAGAUGAGAGAAUAUCCGAAAAAUGCUACUAACAAACAGAAGCGGACCUUAAGGAGAAUGGCAAAUCAUUUCUUCCUCAACAAAGAAAUCAUGUAUAGAGGGACUCUAGACCUCAGAUUGCUAAGAUGUGUGGACGCUGCAGAGGAGAGAAGGUUGUUAGAAGAAGUACACGUAGGAACAUGUGGACCCCAUAAUGGAUUCACUUUGGCAUAG